AUGUCUAGCUCAAACCUUGUAACUGCUUUACUAUCCAAUGAAAAAUUAACUAGAGAUAACUACAUGAAAUGGAAAUCAAACAUGAACAUUGUAUUGAUAUGUGUGAACCAUAUGUUUUUCCUUAAUGAGGAAUGUCCUGAAGUUCCUAAUGCCACUACUGCCGAAACAGCAAAAGAAAAAUAUGAUGGAUGGAUCUUAUCUAAUAAUAAGGUCAAGUCAUAUAUGCUUGCAAUUAUGAGUGAUGUACUCAGAAAGAAGCUUGAAAAUGAUGAAACUGCAUAUGGGAUUUGGGAAUCUGUACAAGAAAUGUUUCGGCAACAAUUUGAUAAAGAACAUGUACUAGAAAUGAUCAACAUAUUGCACGAUGUAGAAAUUCACAGUGCACUCAUUUAUGAGAGAACCCAAACUUUUGAAUCUUUAAACAAAAUUUCCAUCAAGGUUGGAGAGGCAAGUAUUGUUGAGUCCAAACCUACCUCUUCAAGUGGUAAGUCGAAGAAGAGGAAAAGUGUCAAAGGAAAUGACAAGGAUAAGGACAAACAAACUGAGAAAACCCAACAAGUCUUCAAACACGAAGAACAAGGCUGCUAA